CCUGGUCAUUCCGGGUGCGGGUAGCUCAGGGCAGCAGCCAAACUCGGCUUUCAGUGCUGGCUCCUUGUUGAGGCCAACAGUAUUUGUGUCCUCCAGAGUAAUGCCAACCCACCGGCUCGUGAUUGUGCGCCAUGGCGAGAGCACCUGGAACCAGGAGAACCGUUUCUGCGGCUGGUUUGACGCUGAGCUGAGUGACAAGGGGAAGGAGGAGGCCAAGCGUGGGGCCCAGGCCAUCAAGGAAGCAGGCUACGAGUUUGAUUAUUUCUACACCUCGGUGCUGAAGAGAGCCAUCCGCACCCUCUGGUACAUCAUGGAUGGCAUUGACCAGAUGUGGGUGCCCGUGGUGCGCACCUGGCGCCUGAAUGAACGCCACUAUGGGGGCCUGACGGGCCUCAACAAGGCUGAGACUGCAGCCAAGCACGGGGAGGAACAGGUCAAAAUCUGGAGACGCUCCUAUGACAUUCCACCACCACCCAUGGAUGAAAAACACCCUUAUUAUAAAGUUAUCAGCAAGGAACGAAGGUAUGCAGGACUGAAGCCGGGGGAACUGCCAGCCUGUGAGAGCUUGAAAGAUACCAUCGCCCGGGCCCUGCCCUUCUGGAAUGAUGAGAUUGCACCCAAGAUCAAACAGGGCAACAGGGUGCUUAUUGCUGCCCAUGGCAACAGUCUUCGGGGGAUUGUCAAGCACUUGGAAGGGAUGUCUGAUGCUGCCAUCAUGGAACUCAAUCUUCCAACUGGGAUUCCCAUUGUGUAUGAAUUGGAUGCCAACCUAAAACCUACAAAGCCCAUGCAGUUCUUGGGUGAUGAAGAGACCGUACGGAAGGCCAUGGAGGCUGUGGCAGCUCAGGGCAAGGUCAAGAAGUGAGAGCAAUAGCCAAGGGGCAUUGGUGAAAUUAAAAGAAAAUGUGGAAACCCAA